CGCACGGGGAGGCGCACAGGUGGGCGGGUUCUAGCGGCGGGGCCUCUGGGCGGUGGGAAUCUAUAGACGCUCUUUUGGCGGUGGCUCACGCGGUUCGCACCCUCUGCCGGGGAACAUGGCGGAUAUGGAAGCAGUUACUUUGCCCAAGAAGCAUAAAAAGAAAAAAGAAUCCAAGUCAUUACCAGAAGAAGAUGUUGCAGAAAUCCAACACAUUGGAGAAUUUCUUAUCAAACCUGAAUCCAAAGUGGCUCAGUUGGACACAUCUCAGUGGCCUCUGUUGCUAAAGAAUUUUGAUAAGCUAAAUAUAAGGACGACACACUAUACACCUCUUCCUUGUGGUUCAAAUCCUCUGAAGCGGGAGAUUGGUGAUUAUAUCAGGACAGGGUUCAUUAAUCUUGACAAGCCCUCUAACCCCUCUUCCCACGAGGUGGUAGCCUGGAUCCGACGAAUACUUCGGGUGGAGAAGACAGGACACAGUGGUACUCUGGAUCCCAAGGUGACCGGCUGUUUAAUCGUGUGCAUAGAACGAGCCACUCGCUUGGUAAAAUCGCAACAGAGUGCAGGCAAAGAGUAUGUGGGAAUUGUCCGGCUGCACAAUGCUAUUGAAGGGGGGACUCAGCUUGCUAGGGCCCUAGAAACUCUGACAGGCGCCUUAUUCCAGCGCCCCCCACUUAUUGCUGCAGUAAAGAGGCAACUCCGAGUGCGGACCAUCUACGAGAGCAAAAUGGUUGAGUAUGAUCCUGAAAGAAGAUUAGGAAUCUUUUGGGUGAGUUGUGAGGCCGGCACCUACAUUCGGACGCUGUGUGUACACCUUGGUUUGUUACUGGGAGUUGGCGGUCAGAUGCAGGAACUUCGGCGGAUUCGUUCUGGAGUCAUGAGCGAGAAGGACCACAUGGUGACAAUGCAUGACGUGCUCGAUGCCCAGUGGCUGUACGAUAACCACAAAGAUGAGAGUUACCUGCGGCGAGUUGUUUACCCUCUGGAAAAGCUGUUGACAUCUCAUAAACGGCUGGUUAUGAAAGACAGCGCAGUAAGUGAACGCAAUCUGCUAUGGGGCCCAAUCUGCUAUGGGGCCAAGAUCAUGCUUCCAGGUGUGCUGCGAUAUGAGGACGGCAUUGAAGUCAACCAGGAGAUGGAAGCUAUCUGCAUAGCUAUUGCAUUAAUGACCACAGCAGUGAUCUCUACCUGCGACCAUGGGAUAGUAGCCAAGAUCAAGAGAGUGAUCAUGGAAAGAGACACUUACCCUCGGAAGUGGGGUUUAGGUCCAAAGGCCAGUCAGAAGAAGCUGAUGAUCAAGCAGGGCCUUCUGGACAAGCACGGCAAGGCCACAGCCAGCACGCCCACCACCUGGACACAGGAGUAUGUUGACUACAGUGAUGCCGUGAAGACAGAGGCGGUUGCUUCACCAGUAAAGGCCACAAAGCGGAGUCGAGAGAGUGAAAGUGAUGAGACUUCGCCAGAGCCAGAGUCUCCAGAGCCGGUCAAGGAGAAGGAGAAGGAAAAGGAGAAGAAAAAGAAGAAGAAGGAGAAGAAGGCCAAAGCCGCUGCGGAGGAUGCGGGCGAGGCGGCAGAUGGGGACAGUGAUACCACCAAAAAGAAGAAGAAGAAAAAGAAAAUCAAAGUGGAAGUCGUUUCUGACUAGUGGAGAUCACUUUAAGCACUGUGCCCAGCUGGAAGGAGAAAUUAAAGCCUUAUUGAGAAAACAUAGUUCCUUCUGUUCUUAAAGGGUGAGAGCUGAGGCACAUUUUAGCUGCUAGCCGAGACCUGAGUGAUGUUACCUGGUGUGGUCAUCCCAUCUUGUCCUGUUUUAAGGAUAUGGGUGCAGGAGGCAGAUUGGAUACCACCCACUUCUCUCCUUGCGGGGAGUGGGGAAGCCUCGCGCCUUCAGACCCUGCACUGCCUGGUAACCAGCACAGCUGUUUCCUGACAGCUGUUCUAACUCCAUCCUCCUUUACUCGUUUGCUUCUGCCUCUCCCCCAUGCCCUUCUGUUAAAAAUGUUGAUAGCAAUCGCAUAGUGAAACGAUGUAGAGCAGUGAUGGCGAACCUAUGACACGCGUGUCAGAGGUGACACGCGAACUCAUUUUUUUGGUUGAUUUUUCUUUGUUAAAUGGCAUUUAAAUAUAUAAAAUAAAUAUCAAAAAUAUAAGUCUUUGUUUUACUAUGGUUGCAAAUAUCAAAAAAUUUCUGUAUGUGACACGGCACCAGAGUUAAGUUAGGGUUUUUCAAAAUGCUGACACGCUGAGCUCAAAAGGUUCGCCAUCACUGGUGUAGAGCAAGUAAAAGAAUAGGACAACCAUGUUUGCUGGGGAAAAUCUCCGGCGUGUUAUGAGGACAGUGGGCUAGGCUGGUGUCAGCGCCACCUUUGUUAUUCCAUCGGCUGGCGAGGACUCCUGGUCUUCCACCUUUCUAGCCAUUCCUAUCCCUCUGGCCUAGUAGUUGGUGCACUUCAGCUUGGGUACAGCCUCAUGUACCUCGGUCCAUCUGACUACUUGUGUUUGUGACAAAAUCCAAAAUGUAUUCUCUUGUUUCUACCCUUUUUCUUUCAAAGGAUGCAAUCGGUCCUUGCUGGGAGAAGGUGGUUGUAAUUUUUACUUAUUAAAGUUUGCUUACUAUGUUUUUUUAAAGUA